AUGAGAGUUCUACCACAUGAAAUUGAAUUCGCCAAAUAUUUAUUGGAUGUUGGUAAUGGAACUAUAAAUGAUACAGAUAAUAACAUACAGCUUCCACACCACUGUAUACUACCUUCUAAUGAAUGCAUUGUUCAAAACAUUUUUGGAAAGUUAAUUAAAGAUAAAAAGUUUGAUGAAAUUAGUCAUUGUGCUAUUUUGUCAGCCAGAAAUGCUGAUGUAGACGAUAUGAAUAAUAAAAUUACCGAUUUAUUAGAUAAAACUACUGAACACAUAUACACUGGCAUAGACAGCACAGAGAGCUGUGAAAAUGGUAAAAUGGGAGAAGUUCUUUUACUAGAAUAUCGUAACUCAUUAAACCCACCGAACUUUCCUCCUCACAAAUUGCGUUUAAGAAAAUUUUGCAUAAUCAUGUUAAUAAGAAAUAUUAAUCUCAGUGAAGGAUUAUGUAAUGGAACAAGAUUACAAGUAAUUGAUUUUUCUAAUCAUUUACUGAAAUGUAAAAUAUUAACUGGAGAUAAACGCAAUAACAUAGUAUUUAUUAAUCGAAUUACAUUGUACUGUGAAAAUCAAUAUCCGUUUACUUUCAAAAGACGACAAUUUCCAAUUCGAUUAGCUUUUGCUAUAACUAUCAAUAAAUCUCAAGGACAAACUCUAGCAAAAAUUCGUAUCGAUCUUCGAAGAGAUGUUUUUAAUCGUGGUCAGCUUUAUGUUGCGAUGUCUAGAGUGCGAUCAUGGGAUUCAUUGAAAAUUUAUUUAGGAAAUCAGAGACAAACUUUGAAUGUUAAAAAUUAUGUUUAUACAGAAUUGUACCAAUGA